GUUUGGGGCCCGUCUUCCGCUUCCACUCCGAUGAACGUUCUGGCUUUAACUCCGGCUCAGUUCCACUACGUGCUUCCAGCAUUGUACUCCAACGUCCUAGAUACACUCGAUUUUACGUCCAGCGGGCUGUUUUCUUUUCUUCCUUCUCAACCAUCGCUGCUUCCUGUACGUAAUACGUCUAUUCUCCUCAGAUUAUAAUACUUAACAACUAAUACCUAGCUUCAAUAACAUUUGGAAAAAAAUUGCGUGUUGUGAAAGAAAGUUUAAUCCUGUCUAGCGAAGAACUUUGUUAUGUGAAGUUGUUGAUUCAAAAUUUUGUUGGUGGUUUAUACAAUAAUCCUUAUUAAAAAAACAAAACAGAACAUUUUAAAAUAAUGAUAUACAAAUCUAAAAUAUGAAAAAAGAUUAUAUCUAGAGUAAAAUCCUCAAAUUUGUAAACUUACUUACGAUGAUAUACAGCUGAUUGUUAUUGUUGAGCAUAGGAUGCAGUGGAAUUCAAUUUUCCGCUACAAAUGAUAACGAAAGUGAUCAAAUUAUAUUAUAACGUAUCAAAGUUUUAAUUAGACGAAACAUGACUUUGUUUGAUCGAGACUAUUGUAUCUAGGGAAGAACAAAGAAGAUUGAUUUACUUGAAUAAGUUUUGAAUUGGUACUUAUAUUGUUGUGUUUUGUAGUAGUAAAAAACAGUGUAAAAAAUUUAAAUUUCAUAAGGGAUGUGAAGAUGUUUUGGUGAACUACCGAUGAUGGCGCUGCAGGAUCUUCGCUGUCACGGAGUUUCCUUCGAAUUUCACAACAGCUCACUUCGUCUUAUGUUCUUCGACAGAGAGAAUCUCGAUGUUAAUUGUAGACUAUUGGAUUAACUACGAACAUCAACGCCAUCUCUGGAACUAUAAUUUCAAAUUUAUUUGUUAAUUUAAAUUAAAUGUGACAAGGUUUUAAUUUUUUGCAAGUGUCGAAUAUUUGUGUUUUAAAUUCCAUCGAACUGAAGUGUACAGUGUUUACAGUGAAACUAUUUUAUUAAAGAAAGGAAAAGAUAUCUUAAUUUUUUGUUAUAAAUAAUUAUUUUUUAAUUCAAUAUGUACAGCUAAUUGUGAAUACGGAAGAAAUACCAAAGUGAUGUGAUUUUACGAACUUUCGAAACAGCUCUCUCAUUGUGAUUCAUUUGCCGCUAAUUUGCUAUAACUGUCAAUAAUCGAUCUAACAAUCGAUUAUUUCGAAAUAACAUCGAUUACAUCAACGAACUAAAAACUGUAGUUAUUUUGUGAUACAAUUAAUAACGAACUUAUGUCCACGAAACAAAACAAUACAAAUGAAUAAUUAAAAGAAUAAUUAAUAAUUCAUCUGAAAGUAAAAUCGCCAAUAACAAUAAGACUAAAGCGUUGUUGAUAAUAAACAUCCAAAUAAUCAAUACAACUUUAUAAAAUGAAGUACACUCUACAAAAAAUACAUAAGUAAAAUAAAUAAUUUUAAUAAACAUAAUAGAUACACAAGAAGUAUCUCAACGAAGAAGAAUUUUCAAGAAAUAUUCAUUUAAUUACAAAAUAAAUUACUACCUUCCAAGAUGAAAUUCACUUAUCUCCAAAGUAUCGCUGUGAUCGUAUUUCUGAUAGUUGUUCGAAUUACUGGCGAGCAAAGAUUCGCGGAAACUCCAGCUCUGUAUCAAGAAGUUUCCUCCGGUGACGAUGUACAAUUAAGGUGCAGGGUACAGGACAAACGAGGUCAAUGUAUAUGGCAGAAGGACCGGAAACCAGUAGGUAUGCAUCCGGAUAAGUACGAAUGGGCCAGCGGACGCGGCAGCGAUUGCACCCUUCUUAUCAGGAGAGCCUCCCUCGACUUCGAUGACGGCUACUGGGAGUGUCAAGUCACUUCUGGUGACUUCACGCGACAGGACGCCUUAACUUCUUUACCAUCUCGUCUUUUAGUUAGGGUAAAACCCCGCAAACCACGGUUGGAAUAUGGAGGGACGAUUUUAAACUCCGCCCUAACUCUAAGGGAAGGCCAGGAAGUUACCAUUUCCUGCGUAUCAAGAUAUGGAAACCCACCGGCGCUUAUCAAAUGGUACAUAGGAGGGGAUGAAGUAGAACCAUUAAGGGAACAAACAAACGCGACAGAAGUGGAUAGUCCGAAAACCUGGGCAGCCCACAGCCUCCUCCGUGUCCGUGGACAAAGGGAAAACCAUGGUCUGCCGAUUCGGUGCAUCACGAUGCAUCCAUCCAGCGUCGUUCCAACAUCUGCGGAAACACGACUGGAUGUGCAUUACUCCCCAGAUGUAAGAAUAGAAACGAAGCCCCGACUCCUGGUGGCGGCACUGGAGGAUUCGGCUAGCUUUAUGAGCCUGAAAUGCUUCGCGGAUGGCAAUCCCAGCGGAACGAUCAAGUGGUUCAAGGAUUCAACUCCCAUCGCGGUAACAAGCAACGUGGUGGCGUUGAUGCUAAACAGAACGCAGCAGAACGGCACGAUGACCGGCUCCGAGUUGAGAUUCGAGCCGGUCAAGAGAAACGAUGCCGGUCUCUAUUCUUGCAAGGCGGUCAACGUUAUCGGUGAAAGCACCGCGGCUAACUAUAGACUGGACGUACAAUAUGGUCCCAGAUUAAAAUCAGAAGAUCCUACUUACAACGACACCGCGCAAAAAUUCGAAGAAACGACUCUGCUUGGUACAAGCUUGGAACCCUUCGAGUGUAUAGAUUUUGAAGCAAAUCCUCCACCUCAAUAUCGAUGGGUGCAUCUUCGUGGUGGCGUGACGGAGACCAUUGAGAAUCCGCUGCAGACCAAAGACGGUGGUAAACGUUUACAUUUGAAGAACGUGAUGUGGUCCGACGAAGGGGAAUAUCGAUGCGUGGCAUUCAAUGUGAUCAACGGAGUGCGGAGAGAAAUGCCCAGCGAGGCUCGUUACGUGCUCCACGUAACCGGACCGCCUGAGAUACAGGCGAGGCCGUCUUCCGGUGGAAAGGGUAUUUACGAGUCACUAGGAUGGGCCGGAGAAGCAGAACACACUUUGAAGUCUCGCUUUUGUUCGAGACCUCCGCCUAGACUCGUUGCUUGGCAAUGGGGAAGCUCGCAUAUCAGAGCUGGCGAGAGUAUUCAUCCAAAAUACGAAGCAUUAUCAUUAGAGCAUAUCAAGGAAAACGAUAUGCCAACUAAUUGCUACUGGGCGAAGCUAAUGAUCAAGGAUCUCCAAAUAGAGGACGCUAGAAUAUACACCCUCUUAGUAGAAAGCGAAAAGGGUAGAGAUUCCACUAGUAUCAAACUAACUAUUCGUGACCCAACGGAGAUGAGAGUAAUUGCAGCUGCUGCUGCGGUAGGACUAUUAUUUCUUCUUCUUCUAAUAUCCAUUGCUGUAUAUUCAGUGUUAAGAUUGAAGAAUAGAAGAUAUCGUCGAGAAGAAGAUGGUAGCAUUGCUGCAGAUGCAUUAUAUAGCAAUACACCUACAGCAGAUAGACAAAAGAAUAUGAACUCAUCUCAAAAUAAAGCGUAUGUGAGAAAGACGAACACGGAGGGUGGAUUGGCUGUUACGUAUGAUUAUGACCAGAUCACGAAGCAGGUGCGCGCCAUGAGCCCAGAAGCACUGAAAGUCAGGCGAGCACCAGCUGUUCUUCAACCACCAACCAUUGUAUAACUGUUAAUACGCUCAUUGCCAUGACGAUCGUCGAUGACUGACGGUGAACUUUUCUACUGUGACUUACCUGUUAUUGACCAUAUUGUGUAGAUCCGUCUUCACUAAAAACAGGUCAUAUUUUGUAUUAAUUGUGAUUGAAAAUUGAAAUAGUAGAAUUCAUAGACCCUCUGUGGUAAUGCUACACAAUC